CUCUGAGCUUUCAAGUGCACAAGCAGUGUUGCCAGAUUGGGCGGGUUUGAAUUUGAUUGUGCGGGUAAUAAUUGGCUUGGGCGGGUGGACAAAAUUUGGGCGGAUUUGGGAUCAGUUUGACGGGUUUGAAACAUGUACAAUGUAUAGUCUUAUUAUUUAACAAAACCCAAGUGUGCGUGUACGCCAUCCAAUUAGUAAUCGUGACGUUACUAAACAGGCCCACUGACGAGGUCGCAGGCUGCUCGCAGGCUAGCCCGCGGCUUUUAGCUAGUGAUGGGAAGUUCGGAUCAUUUUACUGACUCGGACCUUUGAGUCUCGUUCAGCAAAAUGAACGAAUCUUUUUUCGAGUCAUCGUUCAUUUCGUUCAUUUUAGCAAAAUAUAAUUAAAAUGUUACAUGUUACUUUCCUAACACAUCUACUACUUAUGCAAACGUUGAACACAUUACAAACAAUACAAAACUAUAACGCUAUAAGAAACAGAAAAGAUUAAUUCAUUGUUUACCUGGGUCUUUAGUCUAUGAUUAGCUCACCACACCUCUUAUCUGACAAGUCCUCGGGUUUGACUCGUUCGUUCACGACGUGACAUCUUCGUAAACUAAACCAAUGCAGUCAGAGCCGGUGUUGUGCCGAAAACACACUCCCCGCCAGAUUCUGCACCCCCUUCAAUAACACGCUGUCCGAUUGGCUAAUUCUAACCCUUCCCCACACCCAAUCCUAAUCCUAACCCCUCCCCUAACAUCUAAUCCUCACCCUAACCAUUGUGGGGAGGGGGGGUGCAUAAUCUGGCAGGGAGUGUGUUUUCGGCACGACACCGGAAAGAGAAUUGAUUAGUUCAUCUCCCGAGUCUUCGGGUUCGAGUCGUUCGUUCAUCAAGUGACAGCCCCCUACGCUUUACCAAUGCAGUCUGAGCCGGAAAGAGAAUUGAUUAGUUCAUCUCCCGAGUCUUCGGGUUUGAGUCGUUCGUUCUUUUGUCACAAGACCCAUAGAAUGUUGCGCAAUGCGCAUGCGCGACUGGACGAAUCACUCCCCGAGACGACUCGUUCUUCCCGAGUCACAUUAAAGAUUCGUUCAAAAUUAACGAAUCGUUCAAGAACGACCCAUAACUAGUGUUGGGAGGUGACAGUCGGACGGUCUCGCGCUACCCGCCGCUCAUUGGCGGAGAGUCUCGCGCAGCGGUGGUGGAGUAGUCUCGCGCGGGCGGGCGCGAGCUCGUCUGUGACUGUCUCGUGUGUUCGGUUCGGAUGGAGGCGGUGGUGCUGAUGCCGGACGUCCGCGCGGAGCUCGAGGUGCAGAAGCUGCAGGAGCUCGUGCGGAAGCUAGAGCGGCAGAACGAGCAGCUGCGCAGCCGCGCGAACAUCGCGACGCCCGCGCCGGCGUGUCUGCUCGCGAGCUCCUGCUGCGUCCCGAGUCCGGUACCGAACCUCGCGUGUCAGUGUUUCCCUCCGGAAGAUCCGUUCCCGUAUUUCCAGCCGCAUUCCGCCGCGGAGGAUGAUGAGGAUGAAGAGCCGCACGCGCUUCUGGACCAGCUGGAGAUUCUGGACCUGGAGACUCUGAUCCCACAGAGCGAAUCUGACGAGACGUGGCUGUACGUGUCCUCCAGGUGUCUGUGGUCAGGUGAGGGUUUGAGCGCUCUGGAUUGGUGUCGACAGGUUCUGGAUCAGCAGCGAUCAGUGAACAAAUGGAGGUCAAGUUUCUCCUCUCCGUGUUCUCCUGCGCUUCCUCGUGCUCGUGUCGUCGGAGUUUCUCCUCUCUGUGUUACAUUGAACCCCAGCAGCAGUACCUGUGAGAGAGCAGGUGGAGGUGUGAGACGCAGCUUGCAGAUGUCUGCAGACGUCUGUGAUGCAAGCGUGGACUCUGUUCCUCUGGGUUAUAAGCUUCAGGACCUGAUGGAUGUUCAGGUGAUGGCUCGUCUGCAGGAGGAGAGUUUACGUCAAGAUUUCGUCACGACCUCGUCCGCUCAUAACCGCCGCAGUGCCAGCUUUUCCUUUCCGUUGGGUCAGCGAGGUGAGUCACAGCCGCAUGAGGAAGAGGAUGAGGAUGAAGAUUACGCUCAGCUGCCCCCUCCACAGCCUCGUCUGAGCCGGGCGGGACCCCUGCGGCACGGCCUGACACACUCGCACACCUUCAGCGGCGUCAGGGACUGGACCUCCCUGAGCUACCCCCCCAUCUCACCCAUUCAGAGUCACCUGGCCGGAGAGCAGACGGGCGUCAGGAACACCUCGGAGACGCUGAGGAGGAGUAUGCCCAACCUCCUGAAAUCUCUGAGCACGUCGAUCCCGGCCAAUCAAACGUCUCCGUCCAUCCGGAACAGUCAAAGCUUUGAUUCGUCGAGCGUGCUGGGUCGCCUGCAGUCCUGCAGUAUGUUUCCGUCUCCCGGGCAGCUGCAGAACCGCGUUCAGAGUGUGGGAAACUUCUCGUCCCGUCAGCCCCUGAAGGCCACGGCUUACGUCAGCCCCACCGUCAAAGGUCCAUCGCCCAUGACAUCAUCGACCAGUUUACAGUCUCUGUCCACCAGCGGGAUUCCACAGCCCAGUAAAACCAGCAGCAGCGGAUCUCAGAUCCCGUCCCACAGCGCUCUCCCACGACCCGCCUCUUUCAUAGCCACUGGAUCCACACCUCGAAGCAAACUCUCAACACCCGCACGCAGUUUGCUGACUCCACCAAAGAGUGUUUUGACGUUGAGCGCGCUGCGUGAUGGAAGCUGGCGUGAUGGAUGUUAUUAACCGCACGGGUUUAGAAGCGCUCUGCUGGUCAGGGCCUCUCUCUCUCUCUCUCACUGAAGUGUUCUUCAGAUAAACAGCAGAUCUUCCUCUUUAUAUGUCAUGUUUCCAGAGCUUUGUAUGCAAAACAAUCACCUGCUCCUGAGAUGAAACAUCUGUCAUCCACAAGAUUUAAAGCAAAUGUGAACAUGUUUUUUACUAUGACACUUAUGUGUGGAUGUUUAUAUGAAUAAUAAUUCUUUUCAACUUGCACUCAUGAUCUGACAAUGUUCCUGAAGCUGAUGUUGUUGUUAAUAUGAUUGUAUUUAUUUGGUGUUACACUUUCACUGUUGUGUUUCAUGGCCACAGAUAUUGAUUAGUUCUGUUUUUCUCAUCACGUAAGACAUAUUUAAGAGAGUAUUAUACUUGUUUACAUGUUGUUUCUGUAUAAUGCACAGAGAUUUCUUGAUUACUGAUAUCACAGAUAAAAACUGUGUCAGUUUUUAGUCAAAAUAAAGUUUUGUUUGUAAUGAUCUUUCUCUACUGAAGUAUACAGGUCUCGACUGACUAACCCAUCUACUGCUGCUUAUAUAUUACACGCAUCAUUCAUUUAUUUCUUCGGGGUUAUAUUAAAGUCCUGUCAGUCUGUUCUUCUCUGUAGACACACGAGCUGACGCAUAUUUGAGUUGUUUCACAUUACUGUACAUUUAUCUCAUAUUUUUAUUCAUCUGAUGAUCCACGCUUAUUGGUCUGAAUGAUCCAACCGUUGUUUUUGUGAGUAUAUAUUUUAAUUACUCUGGUAAUUUCAUUUCUGAAUGUCUAUUUUAAUGUUUUAAUUUAUGAAUUACUUCAGUCUUAUAUUCCUCUGGGGAUAAAUAAAGUUUGUCAC